CCCAGUGCUUCUUCAAGUUCUCCCUCAUUUGAGAUAGCAACAUGGGCAAAAUGAAGUCUGUUUUGAUCAUUUGUCUGGUGUUGGGGUUGUUUCUUGGGAAGGCUAGCGCCAACUUUAAGUCUUGCUACAGGUGGUGCUACAUUCCGUGUAUUCUUUUGCCUCGUCGCACUUCGUUCUAUUGCUCUGUCAAUUGCGUGAAUAAGUGUCUGCCUCCCUCUUCACAUAGCCUCAAUGAUACCCUCUCCUUUUGCGAGCUUGGAUGCGCCUAUUCCUUGUGUACCAACCUCAGUUCCAAGGAUGACCCAGGUGAAGAAAAAGUUGCAGGUUGUGUGGAUUCUUGCAAGAGGACAUGUACCAAGCGAAUGGAGCAAGCCUUCUGAGAAUUGUGGAAGUCUUUGAAUUUCUACACAGUGGAAUAAUGCGGUCAAUGAGUU